AUUUCCCCAUCAAUGAUUCCAACGCUUAACAAAGAAGAAAAAUUAAUUAUUAUAAUUUUCUUAUCCUUUUCAUUUCUCUGAAUAUCAACAAAGUUUUCUUGUCCUCAUAAUAAUAUGUUCCUAAUUCAAAAGUGAAAGUUGACCUCGUCAAUUGUCAUAUAGACUUUUAGGCCACCAAAUUGGAAACUAAUUGCAGAACUAUCUCAUUCAUUUCCCAAACAUUAUUGCUUCAUGGAUAUCCUCUCUCUUCCACAAGCAGUUGGUUGUCUCAUAGCAUUGUUGCUAUUGUACAGUCUAUGGAGAUCAAGAAAUCACAGUCAAAGCACUACCAAGAGCAUACCAGUACUCCCUGAACCAUCAGGUGCAUGGCCUUUACUAGGUCACCUCCACCAACUAGGCAGCAAAAAGCCGUUGGCUCGGACCCUCGGAGCCAUGGCCGACCAAUACGGCCCCAUCUUCACCAUCAAGCUCGGAGUGCACCGUGCAGUGGUGGUGAGCAAUUGGGAGGCUGUCAAAGAGUGCUUCACCACUAAUGACAUAGCCUUGGCCUCACGCCCCACAUCUAGCGCUGGCACCUACCUCGGCUACAACUAUGCAGCCUUUGGGUUUGGGCCUUACGGACCAUUCUGGCGCGAGAUGCGCAAGCUAGCACUCCUCGAGUUGCUGUCAAGUCGCAGACUUGACACACUGAGGUAUGUCCGAGUCUCGGAAUUGGACACUAGCAUAAAAGAGUUGCACUUGCUUGCCAAGAAGAGCAACAACAGAGUGAUCAUCAGUGAAUGGCUUGAGCAGUUGACUUUGAAUAUUGUUGUGAAAAUGAUUGCAGGUAAGAGAUAUUCGGAGAGCGAGAAUGGUGAAGAGACAACGCGAUUCAGAAGAGUUAUAAAGGAAUUUAUGUAUGUGAGUGGGGGAUUUGUAUUGUCAGAUGUAAUUCCAUUUCCAUUGCUGAGAUGGAUUGAUCAUAUGGUAGGAGGCUUGAAGACCAUGAAGAGAAUUGGAAAAGAAUUGGAUUCUAUUUUUGAGAGUUGGGUUCAAGAACAUGUUCAGAAGGGAAUUGGGGGUGAUGAGCUGGACUUCAUAGAUGUGUUGCUCUCUGUAAUUGACGACCAAUUUAUUUAUGGCCACACAAAGGAAACUGUUAUCAAGGCAACAAUAUCGAACCUUAUCUUAGCAGGCUCGGACACCACAUCCAUUAACUUGACAUGGCUCAUGUCCAUAUUAUUGAACAACAACCAUGCUUUAAAGCAUGCUCAAGAAGAGAUAGACUCCAAAGUUGGCACAGAGAGAUGGGUAGAAGAAUCCGACAUCAAGAACUUGGUCUACCUUCAGGCAAUUGUUAAAGAAACUCUACGUCUGUAUCCACCAGGUCCCUUAUCAGUACCACACCAGGCCAGGGAAGACUGUAAUGUGAGUGGUUAUCACAUCCCAAAGAACACUCGCUUGCUAGUAAAUGUGUGGAAGAUGCACCGAGACCCGCGUGUGUGGACAGAGCCUGACAAAUUCAUGCCGGAGAGGUUCUUGACGAGCCACGCAGAGGUAGAUUUUGCUGGUCAGCAUUUUGAGUACACCCCAUUUGGUUCCGGUAGGCGAUCUUGCCCCGGGAUCUCAUUUGCCUUGCAAGUGACACACUUGACAUUGGCUCGAUUGCUACAGGGGUUCAACUUCACAACACCAAAUGGUGAACCCGUGGACAUGACUGAAGGCUUAGGUAUUACAUUGCCUAAGGCAACCCCACUGGAAGUUGUCAUCACCUCACGCCUUCCAUCUAAAUUUUAUGAAAAUUAAACUCUAUAAAUUAACCAAAUAUCAUAUGUUGUGAGCAGAAAUAGAGAUAACCAUAAGACUAUAUGUACCAUUCCCAUAAUAAGCCACUCUGUUUUUAAUUAUAUAUAUAUAUAUAUAUAUAUAUAUAUAUAUAUAUAUA